UAUAAAUUUCUUUAAAAUAUUUUAAAAUAAGACUACAAAAAUUAUUGAGAUUUUUUUUUCUAGCGAAUGAUCGUAUCAAUCUGGUUUUAGAUUGACUGGACUACACUACAAAAACGAUAUCUUGUACAAUAUCUAUUGAGUUACUGUUAACCGAUCACAACUUGAAUCAUUCAAACUUAUUUGCUUUUAAUACAAAGUUGGUACCUACUCAGAUUUCAGCUUCGAAAUGGAAGAAAGAGCGAUGUGGCAACUGUUGGAGAAACUGCAGACUUGGGCCAAAAAUGAAGACUGUAGAUACAAGGAGUCUUCAAAACAAUUCCACGUUUUAAAACCAAAACCAACACAUGAUGAGGGACAUUCAGUUAAUCAAGAGGGCAUGCCGAAAUCCAUUCCACAGAUUCAACAAAUGGCUCCUGCUACUGAUUAUGUGAAUUUUCAAGCAGACUCACAACAUCAACAAACUGUUGAAUCACCUUCGACUUCUGCAUCCUUGGAAACUAAUCAAUUGUCAACUGAAGAGCCCAUAAAUGUGAUUAAUGAUGUUGAUCCUAAUUUUGAUAAAAUGUCUUGGUGAAUAAAUAAAAUGAUUAAGAAUUUUUCAAAUGAUUCUGGAAUGAAUAUUAAAUGGGCUGAAAAAUGUUUAGAAGAGAAUGAAUGGGAUUAUACUGAAGCUUGUAACUGUUUUUAUUAUAUGAAAAGAGAAAUUCCACGUCAAGCUUUCAUACAUGAACCAUUAUUAUGAAUUUAUAUUUGUAAUUAAUUACAUUUAUUUAAUAAAAUGAUAUACUAAAAUA